AUGAGCCUGUCUUCAUUUAGGGAUGCAACUGCCGGUGAAGAAGUACCACAUCACCUCUGCUCCGAGCUUCCCCGUCCUGAAGUUGUGGCUUGUGAAAUCCCUUGUGCAAUGGACUGUGUCAUCAGCGAGUGGUCCCCGUGGUCCCCAUGUUCCCACUCAUGCUCCAGUAAAAAUGCUGAGGGCAAUCAAAGCAGGAGUAGGUCCAUCUUGGCCCUUCCAGCCGAGGGUGGAAAAGCCUGUCCCCCUGACCGAGCCCUGCAGGAGCACCGUGCCUGUAAUGAUCACCCGUGUGUGCAUUUCUUCUGGGAAACUUCUCCCUGGAGCUCUUGCUCUGAAGAUGUGCUGGUAACUGCGCUCAAUGCAACCAUUAACUGGAGCAGAGAAGCGACUUGUGGAGUAGGCAUACAGACAAGGAAAGUCUUCUGCAUGAAGAGCAGUUCUGGCCAGGUCACACCUAAAAGAUGUCCAGAGUCCAUCAGGCCUGAGACCGUGCGGCCGUGUCUCCUCCUCUGCAAGAAAGACUGCAUUGUUACGCCUUUCAGUGAGUGGACUCGCUGCCCAACAGCCUGUCAGCCUGGCAAUGCCACUGCAGUUAAGCAGUCCCGGUACAGGAUUAUUGUUCAGGAUGCUGCCAAUGGGGGACAGGCAUGCCCGGACACCUUGUAUGAGGAAAGAGAAUGUGAAGAUAUUCCCAUCUGUCCAGUGUAUAGGUGGAAGACCCACCGCUGGAGUCACUGCGUGCUGGUGCCGGACUCGGUGAGACAGGGUGUACCGGGACAUAAUGAGGCGUGUGGACACGGGUUGCAGUCAAGGGCUGUUACAUGCUUGUCGGAAUACGACGACUCUGCCGAUGUCGGUGACUGCAUGCGGUGGGCAGGAGCUAUGCCAUCUCUUGUACAGGAGUGUCUCGUUCCCUGCAAAGAUGACUGCACAUUUACCCCCUGGUCUAAAUUUACAGCAUGCUUGUUUGACUGUGAAUCAACUAGGAGUAGGAGACGGUCACUCACAGGGCGAAGCAGAAAACGAGACAAAUGCCAGAAUACAGAAGUUUAUCCUCAAGUUGAAACAGAGCUGUGCCCCUGUGAGGUAUUUACCUCCCAACCCCACGGAAAUUGGUCUGACUGCAUUAUCGGAGGAGGUACAUCCGAGCCACAGUUGGGAAUGCGAUCCCAUGGAGACGCCAAGGAGUGUGGUGAGGGUGUACGACUGCGAGCUAUUGCCUGUUACGAUAAGACCGGCAGACUCGUGGAACCAUCUCGCUGUAGCAGUUCGGGUAAGGAGAUUUAA